AUGGCAACUGCUCCGUUGGUGUCCAUCAAGGACGUAAAAUCCUCCCAGAUUCCUCCGAACUCCUCUACGCCGAUUCCUUUAAAAUCGGGGACUCUAACUCUCACAGAGCCACUAGUUGGUUCCAAUCCUACCUCUGCGAAGUUAUUCCUUACAAUCACCCCAACUGAUCCGUCAGCGGAUACUACGCCUCUCACACUACCAAUUCAUCCGGAUCUCUUUCUAGGCAGUAAAGAAGGUCUCUGUCAAACCUUCAGGUUCAAGAUUACAGACGAACUCGGGGCUAUCGAGAUUGAAUUCCCAGAGUUGAUUAGUGAGGAAGAUGCGUUGACAUUUGAGAAGGUUAUGGUAUAUAAUGGGUUUUUGAAGACAGGGAUUGUGGCUGGAGCUGAUGACUUCUCGAAAACUAUCGCUGAAACGGCCAAUAACCUCAAAAACUACCUGAGUCGAAAGACAGACGAAAGAAACGAAGAGGCUGUAACUCCAGACAAGGAGUCUGAGUUUUCUGACAUCACGAAAGAAAUCGUAGAUACUGCUGAAGUAGCUACGGAGAAAGUCGCCGAAACUUCAGCCACAGUCGGACAGACUAUUUCAGAAGCAGUCUACGGCGCUGGCACAUGGAUCGGAGAAAAGUCCGGCCUCAAGCCCCACCAUAGUGAACCAUCAUCCGACCAGCCGAAAUCACUAGCAAAGGAAACCUUCGACCAAACCAUCGAAGGAGCGGCAAUUGCGGGUAAAGAAAUGGGCAAUGGUAUUAAAUUAGUAGGGUCAGAAAUCGGAGAAUCAGCUUCAAAGAUAAUUGGGCAUGAUUAUGGAAACGAUGCUAAGAAGUUAGCCGAUGGUACUAGACAAGCCGGGGCGAAUGUGGGACAUACAGCCGUGAAUGUGGUCGAGGGGACAAGUGUUACCCUAAACUCCGCAAAGGCGGGGGUUGGAGCUGUAUCGAAAGAGAAGGAAGGCGAUGGACAGGAAUAG